AAACUGAUUCAGGGGCAAGUGGCCCAGCGGCCCUUUUGGGGGUCACCAGGGGUAAGAGGGAGGCCCUACCGCCCUGGUGAGAGGACGGGAACGGGUUGAACCUUAGGCCCUGGGGUCUUCGUGCUCAGCCCUUUGUCCCUGGCGGGGUGGGCGGGAGAGAGGGGAGUGACCUUGUGACAGACUUUCUUUCCAGUGAGACACCAGGGAGACCUUUACCUCCAGAAAAGCUAUCCCUGUCUAUACUAACAAUACUUGGUGCUCGGUGCCUGCCUGGCACCCCAGGCAGGCCUAUCUCCCCACGGUUCCGAAACGGGCCGCAGCAGCGUCGCCGGCUGAAGGGCAGACGCCAGGGCUCGGGUCCCGCCGCUGGAACCCCGGGCCGGGCCUGGGAAUCUGCUCCGCACGAACGCCCGAGUUCUGGACGCAGACUGCGGGCAAUCACCGGCCGGCUCCAGGGCCCGGCAGCGGCGUCCCGGCGCCAACAUUCGUCCGCUCCCUGGUCACUCGCUCCUUUGACGCUCACAGAGCAUCGCACACUCGCUGACACCCCCGCUCCCACUACUCCCAGGAUCGCCCUCCGCCCUCCACUGGCGGCCUCAGCCCUCCCGCCGGCGUCCUCUCUGCGGGCCCCCGGGCCGGCCCCGCCGGGACCCUCCUCCCACCCGGCCCCGCGCCCGCGACUGCGCUCUGGGCCCGCGCGCCCCGCCCCCACCUGGCGGCCUGCGCGGAGGCGGCCCCGGGGGCGCAGCGUGGAGACCCUCCGCGCGCGCCGCUCGCCCCCUGCCCUCCAGGCAUCCGAACCCCUGGGCCGCGACCCGCGGAGUCUGGGGCCUGCGCGCCAGGUGCGCUCCGGGCGGGAUGAAGCAGGCCCUGGUGGACGAUACUGAGGAUGUGUCCCUGGACUUUGGCAACGAAGAGGAGCUGGCCUUUAGGAAAGCCAAGAUCAGGCACCCCUUGGCCACCUUCUUCCACCUGUUUUUCCGAGUGAGUGCCAUCGUCACCUACGUGUGCUGCGACUGGUUCAGCAGGAGCUUUGUGGGCUGCUUUGUCACUGUGCUGGUCCUCCUGUCCUUGGACUUCUGGUCUGUGAAGAAUGUAACUGGGAGACUCAUGGUGGGACUUCGAUGGUGGAACCAGAUAGAUGAAGAUGGGAAAAGCCGCUGGAUUUUUGAAGCCAGGAAGGUCUCUCCAAACAACAUUGCUGCCACGGAAGCAGAAGCGCGAAUCUUCUGGCUCGGCCUCAUCAUCUGCCCCAUGAUUUGGAUCGUGCUCUUCUUCAGCACCUUGUUCUCCCUGAAGCUGAAGUGGCUGGCUCUUGUGAUCGCUGGGAUUUCUCUCCAAGCUGCGAACCUAUAUGGCUACAUCCUUUGUAAGAUGGGAGGUGAGAGUGACCUCAGCAAGGCUACAUCCAGUUUUUUGCCCCAGGCGGUAUUCCAGACGUUUCUGGCCGGGGCUGGGUUUGAACCUGCCACCUCUGGCAUAUGGGGCCAGCGCCGUACUCCUUCAAGCCACAGGUGCCGCCCAAGAAAGGUGACCUUUUAAGUAUCUCCCGCCUUCCUGUAAUGUACUGUGUGGAGCCACAGUGCACACUAUGUUCCAGACCAGGACUUGGCAAACCUGUGGGCCACCCCUGGCUGGUUGGUUUUAUAAAUACAGUUCUUCUGGAAGCAGCCAUGCCAAUCCCUCUGGGUGCUGUCCAUGUCUUCUUCACCCCAUACAGCCGCUGCACAGCCAGGACAGAGACCACGGGGUCCACAAAGCCUUGAAGAUCUGCUAUCUGGCCCUUUGCAGAAAAAAUUUGCUGGCCCCCAAUCUAGAUUGUUAUGAACACAAGUAACAUUAUGGACUAACAUAAGGAAUAUUAUUACUCAACUUGGAUGGCUUCAAAUUCACUCCUAAACUCCGAGUGCUCAUUUUGCAGUGAUUAAUCACCACGUACCCUGUGUGGUCCUCUCCCUCUUUUCCCUCAUUUUCCUACACGCAGUGACAGCUUGUUAAUGUCAUGUAUGGUGACUCCUUAACACCUGUGGCUCUGCCAUUCCUGGGCUUCCAUGGGGCUCGCAGCCAUCAGCCUGUGCCCUCCUGAGACAGACAUGUGACUCCUGGCCCUCAGGCUGGGGUUACAGAGACGGGUGUAACUAGAAGGUAGAGUGACUGACUUUAUCGCACCCUUGGGGUUCUCUGCCUGGCAUUCUGCAAAUAACUGCUGUUCUUUUUUCAAGAAUGACCCCCAAAGCCACCUACCAGGGUCGGUGCUAGAUGUGAGGGACUCUGAGAAGGCGGGUAUCCCAGCUGGGAGCCCUUUUCCAGGGAGGCUGUGUACAAAGUGUCCAUAAGAUGAAGGUGUCCCCGUGCCCCUGUGAAGGGCAGCCCCACUGGUCUGCCCCUUGUUGAGCCCCAGGGGACUCUAGGCUCUCUUAUGAUAAAUGGGAAGCCAAGGUUGUGCCAAUUAGAUUGUUGUUGUUGGUUUUUAAACACAUCUUACUUUUUAAAGGAAUCGUAGGUUUGCAGUGACACCAAGCAGCAGGCAGAGAGCCCCCAUGUGCCUGGCCCCAGAGCCUCACUGCUGACAUCCACAGCACAGGGGUGCACUCCCACCAGACUUCUCUCCUUUCUGAUGAUGUCUUUGGGGGGCCCCUUGUGGUGGUGCUGCAGGUCUAAGGGUGGCCUGAAAACCUUCUCUUUUAAAAACAGAAGACAUCUCUAAGGACAAACCUUUCUCUCCACUUCCAUCAGCUGGAGACCAGGCCACCUCCCCUUCCACCCAGUGUCCCAACUGGUGUCCUGCCCCUCUGUAUGCCCCUCGACCCCUCUCUGCAGAGCCCCAGAUUGUUCCGGUGCACACGAGUUCUGUCAUGAGACCCUUUCUAUGGGUGCUGCACUUGCCACUUGUUGGCUGUAUCACUGUGCGUUCAUCCAGCAGCCAUGUUCCUUGGUGAACUGCAGGGGCUGCCAAGGGAGGGCCAGGCCCUUUGACUGCCCAGGUGCCUGGAGAGUGCUGGAUGGGGAGGGCUGUGGGGUUGUCCUGACUGAUUCAGGCUGACGAGAGCAAACUCCCUCUCCUGGGCUUUCUCAGGAGCACAGGAGAACACCAUAGGGAAGUCCAACAUUAUUGAACAGGACAGUCCCUUGGUUUCCCAGAUCCACAGUAAUCACAGUCCUGCCUGUAAGUGUCCUCCACAGGCUUUACCUGAGACACAGUCUCUCCUAUCACUUCCCUCAGUGGGGGCUCACCAGGAGUGGCACCAGGGAGGCGCAAGGCCAGUGGCAGCUUAUCCCAGGAUCCCUGUCUGUACCCAGGCUGGUUCUCCUGCAAACUGGGAAAGAUUUCCUAAGUCAUCCUGAGAUGUGAAUGGAAAAAGCAUGGCAGACCAGGAGGCUUGACGCACAAGCAUGGCAGGGAUGACAUGACCAUGCAGAACAAUUUGAAUUCUAACAGCACCAGUUAUUUUCCUGAUUUCCUGAAGGAGAGUUUAAAAGGCAAUUUUCACCUCCUAUUAAUCUGCCGAUGACAACAACAACAAAAUCAUGGAAUAUUUAUCUGUCAAGUGCAAAUGCCUGGGCCAAAGAUAAAGUUUUAACUAGAGGUUUCUGCAGAUCCAAGGUGGGUGCUGCACAGAACACAUAUUCUGAAGCGGCACCAUGAGACCAGGCACUGGGAGCUGCACCAGAGAGACACCGAGGUGUAGAGCACGGUUUGCACCUGGCCCCACCUGGG